UUAAGCCGGAUAACCGACAACCGAUUAUCACCCCUAAUAUUUUGUAGGAUUUUUAGACAUAAAGCGUUUGAAUGGAGAAUUUAGUAAUAAGGGAUUUUAGUUAGAAAUUCUCAUUUUUUUUUAUGUAUUUAGGUUUGUAUUUCUUGUUUGGAAUUGGAUCAUGGUUGUCAACGCGACAAAACCAAAAUACAAUAUUGUCCUUCUCAAUUCUUCUUCUUCUCCUUCUUCUUUCUAGAUGUACUCAUCCAUGUUGUUUACUUCUUUCUCCUCUCAUUCCGGGGUAGAUGGUUUACUAGUGUUCUUGUCGAAGGUGGAAAUCAGAUGAGAUAGUUAACAGUGCACCUUACCAAUCCACAUAAACAGACUCUCAGAAAUCAUAAACCAAUUCCCGCUUUUUUCAUGUAAAGUAGUGAACUCAAUGACAAAUCAGCUCUGAUACCAUAUCAUAAACUAACUGAUCUCAAUAACUCGAGUUGUUGAAAGAGCUUCAUGUAUGUUAUUCAACCACUUCCUCACAUUUCACUUUUUUUUUUCUUUUACAAUUUCUGCCCUCCUUGCUCACUCACUUCAUUCCUAGCUCAAUAUAGGUGAUAAAACUCGGUUUGCGCAAUGCGCUUAAAUUACCUUGUAAGAAAGACGAAUCAAAUUGAUGCUGAUUAUUCGAAGUGAAGGCAAGACAAAAACAGAGCAACCUUCGUUCCUUCCUUUCUUGCAACAAAGGCAACACAACAACAAGAGCCCGGCCCCCACUCACGAUCCGACUUCCGAUUUGCUCAGAAAUUAAACCAUAAAAGCUCUACCCUAUCUAACAUUUCUGACCCUUCCCCUAGAAAUUGAAACUAUAAAAGCGCUAACAUGGUGGAUCCCUUCCCCUUCAUCUCUCACUCAGUUCUCCACACCCUACCCUCCUCCGCAUUUUCCUCCUUCUUCUCCUUCUUCUUCAGUGUAUUGAAGUUGGAGCUCAAGAGCAAACAGUAAUGAAUGCCCUAUUGAGCUCGUCCAAGUACUGCUUGCAUUUAUAGCCUACCCUGUAUUUAUUUCAACGGAGGCCACCACUGCCUUCUUCACCAGCCAAAAGAAAUAGAGCCAGAAAAAAACUUAACAAUAAACAAAUAGUAGAGGAGAGAUUGGAGUAAGUUUUUUUCGGUGUGUAAGAAUGUUGAGGCACAAUACCUCGCCUCUUUUGCUACUACUGCUAGCACUUCUCUGUUCAUCUUCGGUUUGGGUUUCUUCAGUCACAGCUGCUGUUACUUACGAUGGUAAAGCCAUUAUCGUCAAUGGGCAGAGAAGAAUUCUCAUCUCUGGCUCCAUUCACUAUCCCAGAAGCACUCCUGAGAUGUGGCCUGAUCUCAUACAGAAGGCGAAAGAUGGAGGAUUGGAUGUGAUUCAGACUUACGUCUUCUGGAAUGGGCACGAACCCACCCCUGGAAAUUAUUACUUCAACGACAGAUACGACCUUGUGAAGUUCGUGAAGCUGGUUCAACAAGCGGGUCUCUACCUUAAUCUCCGGAUUGGCCCUUACGUUUGUGCUGAAUGGAACUUCGGAGGACUCCCUGUUUGGCUCAAGGAUGUGCCUGGAAUCUCCUUCAGAACUGACAAUGAACCCUUCAAGGCGGCAAUGCAAAAGUUCACAGAGAAGAUCGUCAACAUGAUGAAGCAAGAAAACCUCUUUGAACCCCAGGGAGGCCCAAUUAUUCUUUCCCAGAUUGAGAACGAGAUGGACCCGGUGGAAUACGAGAUCGGGGCGCCGGCGAAAGCCUAUGCACAAUGGGCAGCUAAAAUGGCAGUGGGGCUCGACACAGGAGUCCCAUGGAUUAUGUGCAAGCAAGAGGAUGCUCCUGACCCUGUGAUAAACACCUGCAAUGCGUUUUACUGUGAGAACUUCAAGCCAAACGCGCCAUACAAGCCUAAAAUGUGGACUGAAGCCUGGACUGCUUGGUUCUCAGCAUGGGGAAACCCAGUCGCAUACAGACCAGCAGAAGAUCUGGCAUUUUCAAUUGUCAAGUUCAUUCAGAGUGGUGGCUCUUAUGCCAAUUAUUACAUGUACCAUGGAGGGACAAACUUCGGUAGAACAGCAGGUGGACCCUUUGUGACCACAAGCUAUGACUAUGACGCCCCUCUUGAUGAAUAUGGUUUGACAAAUGAGCCCAGAUACACACACCUGAAACAUAUGCAUAAAGCAAUCAAGCAAUCUGAAACUGCUUUGGUUUCUGCUGACGCCACUGUGAGAUCACUCGGGAAAAAUCAAGAGGCUCAUGUAUACAGCUCAAAGUGGGGCUGUGCUGCAUUCCUAGCAAACUACGAUGUGAAUUAUGCAGUCACGGUCGACUUUGGAAAUGGUCGGUAUGAUCUCCCAGCAUGGUCCAUCAGCAUUCUACCCGAUUGCAAAACUGAAUUUUACAACACUGCAAAGGUUUCAGCUCCACGAGUGCACAGGAAGAUGACGCCUGUGGGUGGAUUUACAUGGAACUCGUACAUUGACGAAGUUGCUUCUGGUUUCGCUAGUGAUACAACUACACUGGAUGGAUUGUGGGAGCAAGUUUACUUGACUAAAGAUUCUUCGGAUUACCUUUGGUACAUGACAGAUAUCAAGAUAGAAAGCAACGAGGCAUUUCUGAAGAAUGGAGAUGACCCGGUUCUCACGGUCCAAUCAGCUGGCCAUUUUGUCAAUGUUUUUGUCAAUGGUAAACUCAUGGGAAGCGCUUAUGGCAGUAAAGACAAUCCCAAGUUGACUUUCAGCCAGGGUGUGAAGCUAAACGUUGGUGUUAACAAGAUUGCAUUGCUGAGCGCUUCAGUUGGUCUUGCGAAUGUUGGACCGCACUUUGAGAACUACAACGUUGGUGUUCUCGGUCCAGUCACACUGAAGGGAUUGAAUCAGGGGACAGUUGACAUGACCAAAUGGAAAUGGUCUUACAAGGUUGGCGUGCAAGGUGAGAAAUUGCAGCUGAAUACGAUCACUGGAAGUUCAUCCGUCGAUUGGUCAGAUGGAACGCUGUUAGCUGAAAAACAGCCUCUGUCGUGGUACAAGACAACUUUUGAUGCGCCAGAAGGGAACGAGCCAUUGGCGCUAGACAUGAUCAGCAUGGGGAAAGGCCAGGUAUGGAUCAAUGGGCAGAGCAUAGGCCGAUACUGGCCUGCAUAUAAAGCAGAAGGCAACUGUGGCACCUGCUAUUACGGUGGUUACUACGCGGAGAAAAAAUGUCUCAUCAAUUGUGGACAGCCUACACAAAGAUGGUACCAUGUUCCACGGUCAUGGCUGAAACCAAGCGGUAACUUCAUGGUUGUGUUUGAAGAAUGGGGAGGAGAUCCGACAGGGAUUUCUAUGGUCAAGAGAGGCUUAACUGGAAAGAAAUAUGAUGCAUAAGCUGCAUUCACAAUUAUGGUUACUGGCGAAAGGUCGAGAGCCAAUAUUGUGAAGUGCUGGGAUAUUGUACAGCAAAAAACUGCAUGAUAUUCUUUACACUAUAAGGUAGUUAGGAGGAUCUGCUGCGAUUGAUGUUAUAUGAGUCCUUUCAAAAGUUAUUCAUUUCAGGUAAGCAUGUAGUUUACCUGGGUUUCAUUUCAGUCUUCUUUUGAAGAACUGUAAGCCAUAAUGCUUACUGCUUUUUGGGUGUUUGCAAACGCUCCAAGCUUGUAAGGAAAAGUUACUGAUGUCGCUUCUCCUUCAUAUGAAUAAAAGUUGAUGAAGUUAAUAUACACCAGUUUCCAAGUUCAAGUAUCUCCGCUGUACAUACUUAUAUGGCUCUGCAAUCUGCAUAAUCCAGAAAAAAGAUGGUUUCCGAAAAAAAUAACAGGCUUCAAAAUCUGCUUCAAGUAGAAGGAAAUUUAGACUUGAGGGCAUUAUUUGCAUUAGCCAGUUCGGUCUCAAUAAGUGCUACUUCUUGCCCUAGGUUUCUCCACUUCUCCAGUCUGCUAACAAGAUCCAUCAGCAUCUGAAGUCCAGCAACUUCACCAGCAUCGACCCAGGGUAAUCUCUGCACACACUUUAUCAAGUGUCUCCAGGUUCUCAAUUUCACCUUGCAAAUAUAACUGUCUGCAAUAUCCAGUCUUGAAUAGCGAUUCAGACAUCCUGUCAGCAAUAUCAGUCAAGCUGAGGAGUGAGGACAAUGCUGGCCCCAGCAAUAGCAUCCUUCAUAGUGAAACCCUCAUUCUGUGGAGCUGAAUGGAAGAUGUUAGUGGCUGCAUAGUGUAAGAGAAACUCGCAUCCACUUUCAUUCAUGUCACUUGAACACCCGCCAGUCAAGAUGCCUAAUGGUAUCCAUCUGAAAAACAUGCCAUGUAUUCUGGUUAUCUUGGAGCCACAGGCGGAUUGCUUCACAACCAUGCAGAUUCCCAAAAUUGAACCCCUCCUUGCUUAUGUCAUUGACUUUGGGUUUCUAAAGCUCCUCUUUAACCCGAGUCUACGCGUCUCUUGCAGACUGAGGGCAACUUGUUUCAAUGUUCAAUGUCGUGCGAACUUGAUUAGAUUACCAGAGAGUAUAUCUUGACUGAGUUCUAUCAAAAGGGUUCAAAAUUCAUGCAAGGUAACUAGCAGCAUUUUCGCCUACUGGUCCUUCUGGUUCAUAGAGCUAGAUUUUGAGCAGAAGUAUUGGCAGCAGGCAUUACUGGUACUUCAUCUCCCCCAGAAGACAAUUGUACAUGCAAUUGUACAUUGUCACUAUUAUUUCCCAAUAUAUUAGACUUUAUACU